CCGCCGGGCCCCGCAGUCUGCGCGAGCUGCGGGUUCCUCACAGUGCGCGCGGCCGGCGCUGCGCUCGCUCCCGACGAACUCCGUUGCUCGCUCCCGCCGCUCGCUCCCGUCCCUCAGCACAACGCCCGGCAGCGGCCAUGGCUUCGGAUUCUGGAAGUUACGGUCAGUCUGGAGGCCAGCAGAGCUAUUCAUCCUAUGGCAACCAGGGCAAUCAAAGUUAUGGACAAACACAGGGAUAUUCUGGUUAUGGGCAGAGUGGAGACAAUUCCUCCUAUGGACAGAGCUAUGGAAACUAUCAUGGGAACUAUGGACAAAAUCAAACAGGUUACGGACAAGAUUCCCAUGGCUAUGAUGACGAGUCUAGUUAUGAUAAUCAGAACCAGAGCUCAUACAACCAGCAGUCUUACAGCAACCAGGGGCAGCAAAAAGGGUCAUCUAGAGGUGGAAGAGGCUCUUAUGAACAAAAGUCAAACUAUGGUCAGCACCAAAGCUCUUAUGACCAGCAGUCAAGCUAUGGACAAAACCAAGACUCUUAUGACCAGCAGUCAAGCUCAUAUGACCAGCAGUCGGGCUAUGGCCACCAGGGCUUUUAUGACCAAAAGUCAGGCUAUAACCAGCACCAAAGCUCAUAUGGCCAUUCUCAGCAAUCCUACCAGUCUCAGAAGGGAAGCUAUAGCCACAACAACCAAGAUGAUCGUCGGGAAAAGAGCAGGUAUGGAGAAGAUAAUAGAGGCUAUGGCGGGUCACAGGGAGGAGGUAGAGGGGGAUAUGACAUGGAUGGAAGAGGUCAUAUGUCUGGAUACGGUGGUGGUGACCGUGGUGGCUUCAAAAAUUAUGGUGGUCAGAGAGAUUACGGACAGAGAUCAGAUGCUGAUUCAGAGUCUGACAACUCUGACAACAACACCAUCUUCGUGCAAGGACUUGGAGAGGAUGUUUCAACAGAUCAAGUGGCAGACUACUUCAAACAAAUAGGCAUUAUAAAGACCAACAAAAAGACUGGCAAGCCUAUGAUAAAUCUGUACACAGAUAAGGAUACAGGCAAACCAAAGGGAGAAGCCACGGUAUCUUUUGAUGACCCUCCUUCCGCCAAAGCAGCCAUUGACUGGUUUGAUGGAAAAGAAUUCAAUGGCAAUGUUAUCAAAGUUUCUUUUGCAACUAGAAGACCUGAAUUCAUGAGAGGAGGUGGAGGUGGCGGACGUCGAGGUUCACGAGGUGGAUAUGGAAGAGGUGGGGGCUUCCAGGGUAGAAGUGGGGAACCCAAAAAUGGUGAUUGGGUUUGUCCUAACCCGUCCUGUGGUAACAUGAACUUCGCUCGCAGGAACUCCUGCAACCAAUGUGGUGAGCCCAGACCAGAGGAUUCACGUCCGUCAGGAGGAGAUUUCCGUGGGAGAGGUGGCUAUGGAGGAGAAAGGGGGUAUCGAGGACGUGGAGGCAGAGGUGGCGAUCGAGGAGGAGGCUAUGGGGGUAAAAUGGGAGGAAGGAAUGAUUUCAGAAACGAUCAACGUAACAGACCAUACUGAAGACCACACUGUGAAUGUUUUGUUUGUCUUCUUGACCCGUUGGAUAGUGAAAUUGCCAGAGUUUUGCCUGCCGCUUCACCCAUGGCCUCUUCAGAUAGUUGAACUGAGUGAAACUAGAUUUUUAUUUUGGUGGGAGGGACCGGGGCAGUUUGGGAGGAUUUUUUUUAUGCGAGACAUGGAAAUUUAAUCUUAAUUUCAAUUUUCUCCUCUUUUCUUCCCUUCCAUACCUCUUCAACAGGCCCUAAGAAGGAAAAGGAUAAACUGUAAAAUAUUGCCAAAAUACAAAGUGUUUUGUAAUACAACAAUAAAUGCUGAUUGUUUUAUUUGUGAAACCUUCA